AUGUGGACCUUAAAAUUGAGAAGCGUCACCGCUGCGUACCACCCACAGACUAAUGGGUUGGACGAAAAGACCAACCACAACAUCAAGAGAGCUUUGAUGAAGUUGGUGAAUGAGCAGCAGAACAACUGGGACACAUUCCUUGAUGCCACACUGUUCUCUUUGAGGUCAAAGGUGCACACCUCAACCAAACACACCCCAUUCCAGUUGAUGUAUGGGCGGGAGGCUGUGUUCCCCUCAGAGGUGCCUGUAGAUUAUCCUUGCAGCAGGAGACAAUCAUGGCACUUUCUUGACCCACCAAUCGAAAACAAGUGGAGGAAAAAUCAAGAGGCUUUUGGAGGAUUUGAAGAAGGGAAAAAUAGCAGAUUCACCAGGACACUGCCAAAUGUGACAGCUACACACCAAUGGAACUUGAGAGUGAGAAGGCGCUUGACAUACAAACAGAACAGAGCAAUGAGGGUAUGCCCCAUUGUACAAAGAAGAGCUAAAUGA